ACGAACGAGCGACAAACGGAGCCGAGAGAUCCCUGGGCCGAUUCCCCGCUUUCUCCGCGGCUUUUCCCGUCACCGUCGUCACCGUCGUCGUGUGCUUCGCUUCCGGUUCUUCGGCGCGCUCUCGCUCUCCGCGCGGACGGUCCCCGUCCAUUCUAAUUAUAGGGAUAACCGGCGGCCGCGGUCACCGGUGCACCAGUUACGAGAAAUAUCGCGGGGAACCGGACGGCGGAGAAGCUAUCGACCUCUAUUUCGUAAUAGGGAGCGGCUUUAAUACGGAUUUUGUGAGUGCUCGUGGCGUGGGAGAGAGAUGCACGUGCUAGAUCUCUUGUGGCCUUAAUAGCGUACUUAUAGAUAUUUCCGACUCCGCUACGUUUUGUCCUUUAUUUCGAGAGCCUAGCCGUUUAAAGGGAAAAGAAUUAGGUUGGAUAAAUAUUUUCCCUUUUUUCUUUUUAUAACGGAGGAUAUUGUAGAUUUUUAUAAUAAUUUAAUUUCUCCGUUGCCUUGUGUUGUUUACUGUACCUAGAAUAAACGGUUUGUUGUGGUUACCAAUGUAGUUAUGGAAGGAAGAAAUAAAGUAGGAGAAGAGUUAUAUGCCGAAGAAAAUUGCGAGUCUUUGUACAGAGAGAAAAAAAUAAUUAUUAAAGUUUAAUUUAAAUUAAUUAUUAUCCAUAUUUUGAAGUGUUUAUAUUUGCGUCAGCAACUAAAGAAGUACAUCAAAUUUACGUUUUUGUAUAAUAAUAAUGAAAAAUGGAGAAUGUUGAUAACAGAAUAUUUGACGAUGAAAAGCAAUAUCUUCCAUUUCUAAUAUUACGUAAAAGGAGAUCAGAAUUAUACACGCACGUUGUAUAGAGUUAACUUUUCAUUUAUCGGAGAGAAUAUGGGAACCGUCGGAUGUUUUUCUUCUCUGGUCCCCACUUUGUACCGUUUACCCAGCGCGCGGCCAAGGUGUACCGAAGAAAGAGACGAGAGAAGGAGUAGAGUUUCGCUUUGUGAGACGGCGAGUCGGGGCCGAAAAUAAACUUCCGUCGCGAAGAUACUCGCGGUUACAACGGAUUGUAAGAGCGCCCGGCUCUUACAACAAGAGUGCCGGCUCGACCUCGCGCGGUCUCUCAGACUCUCUGGUCUGGUAGUCUCAGUCGGUGUCUUGAUGCGCUCGCAAUCAGAUGCUGUGCUGUGUCCCGAAGAGACUCGCGGACGGCGGGGGCCCGUUCUACGACGAGGCCCCGUUCUACGGCGGGGUAUUGUUCCACGACGGGCGCGGUAACAAUCGUCUAUCGUCCAUUCGCGAGAUACAGAUCGAGCUGUUCCCCGAGGAAGAUGCGCCGCCGCCGAUCUUGCUGCCGUGCGCGAUUUGCGCGCGGACCUUCAUGCCGGAGUCGCUGGAGAAGCACGCGAGGAUAUGCGAGCGCGCCGCCGCCAAGAAGCGCAAACCCUUCGACUCGGCUAAGCAGAGGAUUCAGGGCACCGAGCUGGCGGAAUUCCUGCCGAAGCAGGAGGUCCGGCGUCAUCACCAGGACGAGAGGACGACCAGGCCUUCCUGGAAGAAAACCCACGACGACUUCCUGCGGACGAUCCGUGAGGCACGCGGCGAAGUCAUGGAUUCGCACAAACAAUGCAAUUCGCUGACUCCGUCAGGCGCGCCGACACGCGCUAACGAGAAGGGCACGUGUCCCACGUGCAACCGACAGUUCGGCAUCAAAGCCUAUGACCGUCACGUGGCUUGGUGCAAAGACAGAGUCACUCGGAUGCCGAUGAGUCCGGCGACCAAUCUGGCGAAGGAGCGAUUAGAGGCUCGCAUGAGGUACAGGGCGCCAACCCUGAAGAAUCGGCGAGCCAUCAAUCGUGAGAAGUACAGCCCGGGUGCGACGGCGAAUCAGGCCGCCAAGACCUCAGUGUCAUCACCGGCGCUCGUUAAACCAAAGGAGAGUAUCUCGAGCGUUAAUUCCAAUCGAGAGAGUCCAGUCAAGCAGAAACCUGCCGUCGUAAGGCGUCCUGGACAACUCAAGGAGUCCCCUACCUCAUCCGGACCUAUGAAGUCGCGCCUUGCCGAUCGUAUGAAUAGGAAAAUUGAUCUGGCGACACGUCCCGCCUGGUGCAAUUAUGUACGCAGAAGGCCGGACUUUAAUCUCGUACUUAAGGCUAGAACCGGCACAUGCAAGGAUUACGAUCCCUUUCUGCUGGCCGAGCAGCAGAUGAACGACCUGCUGUCGGAUACGAGCGAUCAGUCUACGACGGGGAGUCCCAAAGUCCAACAGACUCGCGAUACUCUCUAUCCUCUCUCGCACUCCUCCGCCUUUGUAAAAUAUCCUCCCUCCGACAGGAGGUCGUCCCUCAUAGCGCCACCCACUGAGUUCGACGAUCUCAUGUCCAACUUUUCGAGCGACUCCACCGAGACCAACUCGAUCUCGCGCGAGGUCUUCCUGAAGUCCGAUCUCGCGGGUAAAGACGCGAUAGAUUCCGCGAGCCCGAAACCCGUCAGGGAAUUGGGCAGACGAAUCAUUAUCGACAGAUCGAAGGCGCUGGGCGUCGACGAGCGUCGCGGCGUCAUCUUCAGCGCCGAUAGACCGCGCAAAAUCUUCGACAAAGAAACGCAGAAGAAUACGAGACCGUUAAUCAACCGAUCCGGCUCGAUCCGGGCCUCGUCCGCGCCCAGGAUCAACUCGGGCCUCGACAGGAAGACCUUGAGCGACGCGAGAAAGGUUCAAGGUUCCAGGAUCGCCAACAGUCAAAGGUCGUCGGACCAGAAUCUUAAUCAGAAAAACAAUAAUUACUCAUCCCUGUCCGGCAGUAGCCUCAGUCUCAACUCGAUCGUCUCCUCCUCGGACUUGGACGUCAAACGAUCGAACUCGAUGUUCGACGAGUUGAUGACGUCCUUCGAGGGGGAUGCGUUUCCUGGACUGAGAUCCUUCCUCAAUAACGAGUCCUUCGACCUGUCCAGCCCCGGCGGCGACAGACAGCGAAACGGCAGUCUAAUCAGCGACGAGGAACUGUCCUCGCCCGACAGCUACAAGCCGCAGGAUCACAGCAAGCUCAGCAACGACUCCGCUUACAGCAGUUUAAAUCGCAAAUAUUCACACCAUGGACGCAGCGCCAACGACACGAUCGACCGUCUCGACGAGGACGCGCCCGAGAACGGUACGUCGCCGAUUCAAACGGCGGCCAAGUGCAAGAUGUCUAAGUUCUGUCACGAGUGCGGUCAACGAUUUCCGGAAACUGCCAAGUUCUGCUGCGAGUGCGGCGUCAGGAGGCUCGCGUUGUGAACGUCGUUCUCCGAGCGUUAAUCGUACUGUAUUUUUUGAUAUAUUUGGAGAAAACGAACCGAAGAAGAAAAUAUUACCGAAAAAAUAUUCUUUGGACAAAAGAGUAUAUGCUCUAAUUUUUUAUUUCGAGAGCGGUUUUAUCGAGAUCGAGAAUACAAUUGGUAUUUUUCGAAGAGAAAAGUACGCUGUAAUUUUUGCAUUUUCGAAAGCAUUUUGCGAGAUCGAGAAUACACUCUGAAAAUAUUCUCCGAUUGUUAGGCGAUGGAUUAACUGCCUUAUCACGAUAAUAUAAUCGCUAUAAAAUUCAGGCGACUUUUAUAAAUCUCAGAGUUUCGAGAGUAAAUUUUAUUUUAGUAGAUAGCGUUUUUACAUCGCCGGAGAAGAAAUUUUUUAAUCUACUUUAGUUCGCUUUGUAGACAAUGCGUCGAUUUGCUCGCUAUAUUUGAGUAGUCUAGUGAUAUAUUUGUAAGCGAUAUAUAUGAUUUUUUUUGUCACACAUACAUGAUGUACGUGUACACCGAGAGUCGCCGAGCGAUCGAGGACUCUCUCCUCGAUUUUUUCUACAAAUUCACAAGUGCGACUUUUUGAUAAGCUUUUUAUACAAGUGAAGAGAAUCAAGCAAGUAUAUUUCCUGUUGAAAAUAGGAGAAUUAAGAAGAAUCAAUGUUAAUAUAUUUCGUAAAAGUGUGAAUGGUAACGCUCUUUAAAAUUGUUAUAUAUUUAGUUUAAUCCAUUUUAACUCCAGUGAGUGGCGAAUCAUGAAUUUAAAAAACACGGGUUAUUCAGAAUUAAUUUAUUAUUCAGAAUAUAAUAUAUUAUUCAGAAUUAAUAUAUUAUUCAGAAUAAAAAUAUAUUGAAAUGAAUUUCUUUGUGUUUUUUUAAUAUUCAAAUUUAGUUAUACACUUCGCGCUAAUAAGUGAUCUAGAUAUUAAGAUAAAUAGUUGCUUUCCAUUUACAUCAAAACUCAGAUAAUUCUUACUUGUGACGUCAUAACUCAGUUGAAUGCAUGUUCUUUUUGCAUGCUGGCAAGUGAGAUUCAACAGAGUUGUUAUCCACAAUCGAGACCAUGUGCUUUAAUGAAUCUAAUAGACUCACAUUAAAAGUGAGGCUAUGAACCUGUAUUAUUGUGCGAUAGCUUUGUCACCAAAAUAAGCAGGUAAAUACAAAAUGACAUAUCUUACCUGAGUAUAAAAUACUCACAUAACUGAGUGACUAUCACUUGAGUGUAAAUGGAAAGCAACUAAUCUCCCGAACUUUAAGGCGGUUAAUUCUACGAAAACAAAUUUCUAUCAACUCGCUUAAUUCGCCUAAUCUUCACAGGAUUCUUGUGUCUAAUGUCGUAUAACAAAGUUUGUAAAAUAAGGUUGUAAAAUAAGAUUAGGAAAUCGCUAGUGAUUAGGUGAGUCGUACUGAUACAAGUAUCAACACUCGCUCAAUUAACGUGUCAUUAAUGAGGAAUCAUGAAAUGCAAAUUAAGUGUCGGCAAAAUGCAAAGAAAGGAAAAUAAUUAUAAGUAAAUUAAAUAUGUGCAAUUAUAGAAAUGCACAAUUGAAUCUUACGAAGUAUUACUCUCAUAUUUAUUCUUUAAUGCGGUAAGAAAAGAUUAUUUAUUACAUACAUACUGAAAAUCCGAGUUAAUAUACAGAACGCUCCGAAAAAUAUAUAAGAUCGGUAUGUUUACGUCUCGAGAUAAAUAAAAGAGAAAAAUAGAGACCUUCGCGAAUGUCUACUGGCAUAGAAGGCAUAGGUUUCAAAUUCAGAAAGGAAGUUAUCGAUUCCAUCAUUUUUUAUAUUACAUUUCGUCAAACAUUCUAUUUUUUUUAAUUGUGGAAAAAAGAGAGAAACUAUUUUUUUUCAAAGUUGUGAACGAGGUGCGAGAAAAUGAUUAGAUAACAUUUUACAAGCUGUACUAAUCAAAUAUUAUUUGUAUAUGAUUCUAACAAGAGUGAUUCGUCAAACACGUUGGCUCUCUGGUGUUCGUAAUGUAUACCAAAGAGUAAUUGCGAUAAGCGUUUGACAAAAUUGACUCGACUUCUAACUUGAAAGAAUGCAUCUCGAACUAAUUAUAUACGCAACAGAAUAAAUCAUACGUACGUCCCAAACUGUAUUUUUGCAAGUGCAAUAAACUGCGAUGCUUAUACAAAUUUAA